AUGUCCAAGGAUGCUUUGGGGGCAGCCAAGCCACUCCUGCAAUGGGGAGUCCCUCGGACCAGGAAAGAUUUGUACAACACCAUCACCAAAUACAAUCAUUACAUCUUUCCUUUCACACUAGCAACAACCUUCUGCUUGCUCUGGAAGUUGGCUCAUGCUACCUAUCACUACGAAAAUGCCGUAAAGGCUAAUGAUCAGUGGAACUGGACCACAGUGCUUCAGACAGCAUUGAUCUUCUUCGGACUCAUUGCCCAGAUGCCCCCAUAUGCGUCGGUUUUCGGCUUGUGCACGCCAAUGCGGCCCGGCUUGUAUUCUCAGGCCCCAGCCAAACGGGAUUUUCGCAGUUUAAGAAUUUGCCUUGUGACUAAAGGCACCAAUUUUGACACGGUAAUGAGGGCUACCAGAGCCUGGUCGCCACUUCAGAACAUCCCAGGUGUGCGCUUUCACGUUGUCCUUGACGACGAAAAGAAAGAAGUGCAAUUUCGCCAAUCUCUUCCGUCAUUUGUUCAGAUAGUCGUCGUCCCAUCCGCUUUCACGCCCAGCAAGGCCAAGUAUAAGGCCCGCGCUCUUGAGUUUUACCGACGAAACCAGCAAUUAACCAGUAAUGACUGGGUCCUGCACUUGGACGAAGAGUCUAUGAUUGAUGAGGACGUCAUGAAUUCUUGUCUUGAUUUCAUAACAAAGACUGACUUGGAUGUCGCCAUGGGGACAUUGCAUUACAACGACGUCAACCAUUGGAAAAACGGCUUCCUAACGACUGCUGAGACGCUUCGUAGUCAAGAGGACUUUGGAAAGUUCUCCUACUCUGUCCGGAUGCGUAACAAGCCCAUGCUUGGAUGGAUGCACGGCUCGUGGAUCGUAAUCAACGGUGCUGUCGAGAAUAGCGUGACAUGGGAUACCGACUGCCAGGCGGAAGACUUCUGGUUUGCAUACAACUCUUCAGCGAAAGGUUACAAAUUUGGUUGGAUUUGGAACACCGUUCACGAACAGCCGAAUGAAACAUUCCACGACUUUUGGAAGCAGCGCAGAAGAUGGUACACGGGAAUUCUAUCUAUUCCCAGCAUUAUCGUCAAGUUUUCCCUUGUUGUUGGCGUCCUCGGCGAAUUUGUGUACUGGCUUGGGCCUAUCUAUACGCAACUUGGCGGUAUUUUCAUAAUUCCAAAGUGGCUAUUUAUUUGGGGUUUGUGGCAUCUUGCCGUCGACACUCACAGCCUGAUUGUUGCUUCAUUUCUGCAGGACCUCACAGCACCUGCCGGAGUGAUUUGGCUCCAAACUGUUCAGCAUGCCAUUCAGACGGUAUUUCUAGCGCCUUUCGUGCGCCUCGUGCAGGUUGCUGCGCUGAUAACCUGUAUUUUCCAACCGGCUCAGGGGUUUGAAAUUGUAUCGAAGGUGUAA